GCUGUUGCCUGUGCUUCUACACUCUGCCUUUUCUGCUCGAUGAACGCUCCAGAUCGCUACGAACUCUUUAUAUUGCCCGAUGGCGUGCCUAAGCUCAAGAUCGAUCCUGAUCCAAAGACACCCAACACCAUCAUCGUCACCUUCGAGAGGGAAGACCACACUUUGGGCAAUCUACUCACACAACAGCUAUUGAAAAACAAAGAGGUCUUGUUUGCUGCCUACAAAAUAGAGCACCCAUUGUUCCCUGUUUUCAAAAUGAGAAUUCAGACAAAGAGUGAGAACUACAAGCCCCAGGCUGCUCUAAAACAGGCCUGCAAUUCUAUCAUUGUCACUCUCGGCAACUUGAAGGAAAAGUUCGAAGAAGAAUGGAGAAUCAAAGAGCUAACAACACUAACACCCAUAAUCCCUCUGAUUUCAACAACAACAUGA